ACUGAAGCUCUUCGCUCUCCCAUUGGUCCACACCCGGCUGACUGCACGAGAAUAGGGGAACUUUUCCAGUGAACGGGCAGAUGAGUUCAGUGUGUGAGUUGGCCGUCUGACAACAAGUGGUUUUUCCGCGGAGAACUGUUUCACAGCACUGAGGAGAGGCAGCUACUCACUUUACAAUAGCCUAAGUAUCUAAGUAAUGACUGCCACAACCUGACUUAUCAUUUAAGAGAAACCUGGUCGUCCGUUGCGGUGUUUUGUGUCCCGGGUGCGUCGUGAGUAGCCUAAUUAGUUGAUUCGCAUCACCCGGCAAUCCCGGUUCAAUCUGCAGGGAAACCUGGCCAGAAGUCGCCAGGUGGACGGCGACAAAGGCUCCUGUGUGUUCGGCGUUUCAACUCUUCCGUAACUCAGCUUAACUUGACUACAUCUGCCCCAACAUGUACAGCAUGAUGGAACACGAGCUGAAGCCGAGCGGCCAGCCGCCUUCUCACCAGACCUCCCAGGGAAUGUCACCAAUCACCGGCAACAUGACCGGGGGCAUGGGCGGCAAUGGCAACUCUCACCCGGGCUCCAAAACGGCAUGCGCACCUGGAGUCGACCCCAUGGAUAAAGUCAAGCGGCCCAUGAACGCCUUUAUGGUCUGGUCCAGGGGACAGAGGCGCAAGAUGGCCCAAGAAAACCCCAAAAUGCACAACUCUGAGAUCAGCAAGCGGCUGGGAGCGGAGUGGAAACUCCUCACCGACGCUGAGAAGCGGCCUUUCAUCGACGAGGCCAAGCGGCUCCGGGCGGUCCACAUGAAGGAGUACCCCGACUACAAGUACAAGCCCCGCCGCAAGACCAAGCCCCUGCUGAAAAAGGACACUCAGAUGGGCAAGUACCCUCUGUCAGCAGGCAACCUGCUGGCGGCGGCGCAGGGCCAAGGUGGUAGUCCGAGGAUGGACAGCUACGGCUGGGGCCCCGCCGGGGGGUACGCAGGCAUGCAGGGCGAGGCGCUCGGCUACACACAGCAGCUCCACCGGUAUGACCUGUCAGCUCUCCAGUACCCACCUGCAAUGACGGCAGCACAGACGUACAUGAACGGAGGCAACUCGUACAGCCCCAUGUCCUACAGCAGCAGUCCCCAGCAGCACAGCCCCGUCACCAUGUCCAUGGUGAAAGCGGAGCCGGUGUCCCACUCGCCCCCGACGGGGACGCCCAGCCACCACCGGGGCCCUCUGCAGGGCGACCUCAGGGACAUGAUCAGCAUGUACAUCCCCGGCCCCGGGGGGGACGGCGGGGACCCCACGGCAGCACAGAGGGGCUACACCAGUGUCCAGCAGCACUACCUCACCGGGACCGUCCCACUCACACACAUCUAGGACUGGAAGUGGGAGCCGGCGGGGAGGGAAGGGGGUGAACUGAGUGGGCGGAGCAGAAACGCUCACGAUGCACAGCUGGCUGGACAGGAGAUGGAGUCUGUGGGGGGGACUUUAGACUGGCAAAGCAAAGAGACGCAAGACGUGAAGGAAAAACAUUUUAUUUUUUAUUUUUUUUCCUGCAUUCAGUCUAUCAGUUACGUCUGUGCCUGCAGUUACAGACAGACACACAAGAACCGACAAGACAUUUUUAGUCACUAUUCAUUGUUUUUCUACCUCUUUGGUGCCCCAUCAGUUAAGAUAAAUGCCACCCGCUCCCACCAACCACCACCUGUACAGAGCGGAGGCUCCUUCCCCGCCCCCCCCCCCCCCCACCACCGCAGACUGCUCUUCAGGAAGGACUGCAGCGAAGACGAGGGGCCACGUUUGUUUAUUGUGUACAUACAAGGAAAUGUUUCUGUCUUUUUUUCUGUCCUCUUGUCUUUUUUUUCUUCUCCAUAGUAUGUCAAAGACUCCUUUUUUUUUUUUUUCUUAAUACCACUCUAAACACUUGAGACCCUGGCACUCAUGACACUUCCACCAUACCCAGUCAGUGGCUGGGGGGGGGGCGCUGUUUGACCACGGAGCCAGUCCCCGCUGCCUGCAGCCACAGCACAGAGACACCUGUCCUGGCAACCAUGUUAGACAGAUCCUAAUCUCUCAGCCGGUGCUCGGGUUGUCCUGAUGUGUGGGCGGAGCCUGGGGGGGCCGGCGGGGGAGAACGGGAAGGGAAUGCACAACUUGAAUGAUGAGCUUUUUUUUUCUUUUUUUUUCUUUAACAAACUCUUUGUGCCUUGGCUUUGGUUUAGUACUCUUGCAUUUUUCUGUGUUUUUUUUACCUGCUGAAAUCUAGUUGGAUGGCAUGGGAAACCCCUGUUGGACAAUCAACACUGCAUCCACAGGAACAGAACACACUAGCUUCUAUGAUCUGUGGUGUCGCUAAGAACGUAGGACCAUGCCGGUUCUAAAUCCCAUUUCAGUAGGUCUGUAGUGUCCUCAGUCACACCACACCACUGCUGUUUUUGCUGCCUGUAUGAGUUUGAUUUGCUGUAUUAGUUUUAGAUUUGAUCUGUUGAUGUAAAUGUUAAGAUGCGUUGUUCUGGAGUCGCUCUGUGUAUUCAUUGUCACUUUGCUCUAGGCAAGAGUUGUAUUGUUUUUUUGUUUUUUUUUGGGGGGGGGGGGUUUAGGCUUUUUCAGUAAGUGAAUGAAAUUUAAUUUGAAAUGCUGCAUUUCAGUUGUUUUAUUCCAAAUGGCAGAUUAAGACUUGGAAGUUAUGUCUUCCACAAAGUAAACUGGAUUGGCAAUUUUGUGUUUUUACUACCAGUAAAGGGAAUGUAUAAAAGUAAGUUUCACAUUCAGUCUCUUGACCUGUGAGUAAUUCUGUCAUUCUAUAACAUAACAAGUGCUUUUAAUCCUGGUUCUCUCAAUCGGACAGUGCUGUUUUUUGUCCGUUUCUGUCUAGCCUGCUGUCUGCUUACUAGUGCUGCUAUGGACCUAAAGGGAACUUUUAUUUUCAACCUACACAAACUGUGAAUAUUGAAUGUGGUAGAUUUAUUCAGACAGUUAACUUUGAAGCAUUCCAUUACUAACUCAACAUGCACUGGAAACAGAUGCCUUACUUGUUUGUUUUUUUGAAAAAGGGAGAGCAGUUCUAUUAAAGUAAUGCGUGAAUGUUUACAUUGUUACCCAAGUGUUUUAACUUUUCUACUGACUUGUAUCUCUAUUUUUUAGAAUGAAUUCUCUUGUAUGUAAAUGCUGCCAUAUACUAGUGACUGUGUGUAGCAUUCAUGUAAAUAAUGUAUACAUUUUUAGGCUCUUAUACUAAGAGUCUCGAUUCCUUUUUUGGUUUUAAAAAAAAAAAAAAAUCUUUGUUAUGGCAUUCAUGACAAUAUUAAUAAAAAGUACAAAUCCUUUUCAUUAAUGUCACGU